GGGGCGGGAUCAGUGAGAGGGGUGGGGUUAAUGCCGGAGCGUGCGGGGCUGGAGGCCGCUCUCCGUUCCCCCCGGCCAUGGCCUCACUCAGUCUAUCCGAGCUGUUGGAUCUGGCCAUCGGGACGCCCGAAAUCGGGGCGGUGAAUUUCAAUGCGCUGUACAGCCUGCUGUACGCCAUGCUGCAGCAACUGGGGCUGCAGCACCUCCCGACCGCACAGCGGGCUGCGACCCCCGGGGAGCACCCACAGCAAAGGGAGCAGCCAACGGGAACUGCGAGCAGCACCGCGACACACGGUGUGAGCAGGGAGGAGGGAGAAGGGAAGGACGGCGCUGACGGCAGGGACGCCAAGGCUGUGCCCCUCUCCCAGGAUCUCCUCCAGGAGCUCGGUGGGAUGAAGGCGGCACAGUCCCAAAUGGAAGAGGACCUGAGGAAGAUUAAAGGGAUGUUGGGUCUGGAUGAUGGCCGGGGCGCCGCAGGGCAGCAGUGGGGCCGCCGCGAUGGGGUGAGCUCGGACAGUGACGUGGGACGGCCACGAGCACCUCUCCAGUUUGGGAUGGGAGCUGAUAGGGACCAACUUUCAACCACCGAAUCCUCUGAGUCUGAUGAUGACACCAGACGUGAGGACAGACGGAGGGGACGUGCAGGGAGACGGGGAACACGGCCCGGACCUGGGGAUGGCAGAGGGACAGCAGGAGCACAGCCUGACUCCACGGGGACACAAGCAGGGAUGAUGAAAGAUCCCGCUGCCACCAGCCCAGGGACACAGCCAGGGUACCCAGGCACCCAGGUCUCUGGCCCAGGGGUGCAGCCAGGAUCCCCUGGCACCCAGAUCACAGGCCCAGGAGCACAGCCAGGGUUCCCUGGCACACAGGUCACCGGCCCAGGGAUGCAGCCAGGAUCCCCUGGCACUCAGGGGAUCAGCCCAGGAGAACAGCUGGGGUAUCCUGGUACCCAAGUCACCGGCCCAGGGAUGCAGCCAGGGUACCCAGGCACACAGCCCAUGACCACGGGGGCACAGCCGGGGUCCCCUGGCACCAUGGGGGCACAGCCAGGGUACCCUGGCACCAUGGGGACACAGCCGGGGUCCCCUGGCACCAUGGGGACACAGAUGUGGCCCCAAGGAGGAGCAGUGGGGGCUCAGCCGGGCCCCCCUGGUACAGCACCCUACAGUCAGACCGUCCCUUCCGAUGCCACCCCCGGAGCCAUGGGGACAGGGGUGGAUGAUGUAUAUUCCAAAGGCAGAGGUGAAGAUUCACAGCUCCUAUCACCCACUGCCCCGGGAGCUGAGACCUCUGCUGGCAUGGACACCGGCUCCGCAUCCACUACACAAGGGCUGGCAGUGCCUGAGGUCUCAGGCCAUGACAUGGGGACAGCGGAGGCUUUCAAGCAGCUCAGCCACCUCUGCAGUGCCCUGGAGGAGCGGGUGGCCCAGCUGGAGGCCAACAAGUUGGACCGCAGUGAGCUGGAGGAUCUACAUCUGCCUUCCCUGAAGGGAGGCCAGGAGAACAUCACCAUCGUGCUGGCCGACCUCCAGGACCACGUGUCUGCACUGCAGGACAUGGCCAGCGACCUGCAGGGAGAGAAGGAGAAGAUCAAGCAGCUGCAGGACGCCUUGGAGAAGCUGGGAGUGAUGGGGGCAGAUGGGAUAGUGGACAGCAGCCUGCAGCUGGGGGACAUGCUGCAGGAGAUGAAGAAGGAGCUGAAGGAGCUGAAGGAGAGGCAGCACGCAGCCAGAGCCGCGCUGGAGCAGCUGGUGGCUGACACUGCCAACAACCUGCAGGAGCAGCUGGACGAGCUGCGCUCCAUGCUGGGCAGCACCGAGCCGGCUGAGCACCGCCAUGACAGAGCAAAGCAGGAUGAUGCUCUGUGCCCGGUGUGCAGCUCAAAUGUGGGGGCACAGCUGGGCCGGCUGCUGCAGCGCUACGAGCAGCUCCAGGAGCUGGUGGAGUCGGUGUCAGCACGGCAGACAACGGGCAAGGGGGGCAAGCAGCGAGUGGGCAAGGGGCAGCAGGAUGAGGAGCUGCUGAAGCACAUCCAGGCUGCCAUCGCUCAGGUGCAGUGGGACUGCGAGAAGCUCAGCUGUGUCACCGGGAACCUGGUGGACGACCAGCACCAGAGGCAGAGGGACAUUGAGGCUCUGUUCCACUCCCUGGAGAGGCUGGAGAAGGAGAAGGUGGACAAGGAAGAGCUGGUGCUGGAGAUUGAUGUGAAAGCAGACAGAGCCUCUUUAGCUGGCAAAGUCAGCUGUGCCCAGUUCGAUGCAGCCAUGGAGCAGCUGAAUGGGGCAAUUAAGGAGAUGCUGAGCAAGGUGACGGGGCAGGAGCAGGACUGGCACCAGGUCCAGCAGAAGCUCAUUCAGGAGCUGGACUCCAAGUUGGACCGUCUGGAGCUGGCCCCGCUGCGGCAGCAGCUGGAGGAGCGUUGGAAGAGCGUCCUGAAGCAGCUCAAGGAGAGCGAACCGCGGCCGGAGGGGGACGAUGCUGCCGGCAUUCGGAAGCAGCUGCUGGCCCAUUUCCACUGUGUGUCCUGUGACCGACCCCUGAACAUCCUGGUGCCUGGACCGCACAUUGUGACCAUUCCACCGCUGCCAGCGCUUUCUUCACACGUUGCCAUGCGUCCCCGUGGUGCCACCUUCCAGCCAGAGCACAUCCACAGGGAUCAGGGAGCCACGUAUGGGUUCAUACACGUGCCACGGCACUGUGGGGGGCAGCACACCAUCACCCACCCAGUGCAGCGCUGCCCACGACCCCCACAUGGCCCACCCUACUGCCCCACACCACCACAGCCCCAUGGCAGCACCAGCAAGAAGUACGGCGAGAUGGAGCUGCUGGGCCAGGAUGGGCACAUCUACAGAGGCCGGCGGUACAUUCAGCUGCCUGCCCUCAAAGGGAAGGAGGGCUCAAUGAGGAGUAAGUCCAGGGGUGCUCAGGACACCAACCCCACGCGGCCCUGCAGUGCCCUGUACCCACUCAGCCAGCCAGGCACCCCGCAGGAGCAGCGCCCAGUGUCAUCCCAUGGCCGCCUGCCUCACCUCUGGUCACCGCAGGGCAGAGAAGAAAACCCCAGAGCAGAGAGCACCUGAAACCCACCCCUGGGCACCGGGUGGGCCCGUGGGCUGUGACCAGUAGCAAUAAAGAGCAGUGGAUGGGA